AUGUCGGGCGACUUGAAUGGCGUACUAUCGAAGACCCAAGUCGAGUCCUCAAUAUGGAACUCCCAAUGUCAAUGCAGCGACCGUACUAUGAAAUAUCGACGACACGGGAAUGAUAACUGGGAAGAACACACUUCCACUCUAUGUAAUGCGAUCCGGGUUGUACAAUCAUACUCCAGCGCCGUGGUAUUCGGGUCCUCGAAAGAAAUCAAAACCUGCAAAGAGUUGGAAGGUAGUUCUUUCUUUUGCAAAGGAUUCUGGCCAGUCAUACUCGACGAUCUGAAUGGAUCUUUUAACUGCAAAUACGAAGUGGAUGAAGAAGGUGAUGUGACAAAACACAUUUCCUGGAGCUGUUUCAAAAUCAAAGAAGUCCAGAAAGCUGGUACAUUAUCGGAAGUCUGUUAUGAUUGGUCCCAAGUUGCAGUUCUUGUCCAGUUUGAGCCAGCAACAGGCCGCCAGACGGUCUUCUUCCUUGAUCUUCCAGCAGACCGAGAAUCUCAACUACGCGAAUCGAUAGACUCCACUUUUGAGGGCAACCCUUAUAUAUGGCACGCUCUUUUCAUGGAACAGGCCAAGGAAUUGUAUGAUAAGGCUAUCUGGUCCGUACGACAUCUUGUACGGGACGUAGAAAAGGGACGGAACAGGAAACCUCCGAUUGUGCUUGAUUUCCCGGACCUACAUGAUAUUGCAAGGCAUAUUUCUCACGUAAACGAAAUUCUGCAAGUGGCAGAACACACAGCACAGCGCAUUGUGCAUGAACAAGCCACCUGGAUCACCUGGAGGGAAAAAACAGAUGUAUCCCAGAGAGAUCGCAUGCGCUGGAUCCAAAACCAGCAAGAUCUCCUCUUCUUCACGAAGGAAAUCCAUUGUCUGAAGACUAGGUCACGAUCUUUAGCUGAACGUAUGCAAAACGAGAUCAAUCUGGCAUUCAAUCUGGUCUCGCGGGACAUGGGAAAAAGCGCCCAAGGUGAUAAUGCAAUCAUGAAAACGAUUGCACUUGCGAGCUUCAUUUAUCUCCCAGGGACAUUUGUUUCUUAUCAGGGUCUUUUCGGUUCAAACUUCUUCAAUUUAGAUAGUUCAAAUAGCCAAACGAUAUGGACUGUUUCGAACAACUUUUGGCUAUACUGGGCUAUUACGAUUCCUUUAACGUUUGGCACGGUGAUGAUAUGGAUAAUAUGGCAUUAUGUACCAGGUGUGAACAACUCAGUAAGGCGCAUUUGGCGUCGGACAACCUUCAAUUCGAACACGGAUACCCCAGACAUGUCAUGA